CCUCUUGGUGUUGGUGACGCACAAUGUGGAGAACAUGGGCAGCACCUCAUGCAUCUCCACUCCUAUUAGUUCUUGGAAAGCCAGUGCCUACCACGAUCCUACUAAACCUGCUCUGGAGCACAUGCUCAAGUUCUUGGAGUUUGUCCUCAAAGAGGAGAAGGAGCUCGAGGUGGCGCUCUCCUCGACGCUCGUGUUCAUGGGCUACACCAUGAAAAAAGCGGCGACCAAACCGGUGAAUUUUGGAGGGUCUUGCUUAGGAAACCACCCUCAGCCGUUCUACGGUUACUGCCUCACGAAGUUGCCUGACGUGGAGGAGCAUGCUGACAGCAUGACAGCGGUGGCCUUAGAUGGAACUGUGCUGUUCAGUUUCGAGACGGCAGAUAGCGUCACUAAAAAGAUGCGCCGAUUCGUACUGGACCUCGAUGACAAGGUUUACAGGCGCGUUGGAUGGGCCUUCUUCGACCUCGCUUACGAAAUCUACAACACAACUUUCUGCGCCGCUGGCAGUGCCAUCACUAGCAACUAUCCGCGGCUGUAUGCCGCCAAGGCUGUCCUUGACGAGAAUCGCAACCGAAAGUUUAGGAGAUAGAAUAAAAAUGCAAUAGCAGGCAUUCUUAGAUCGCCUGCCCCUAAU